UUUUCGUCCACAAAGGCUUGCGUGAUUCUUCCGCCUCUGCGAUUCGGGACUACCAUGGCGACGGCGACGACCAACGCGACCGGGAUGGUGACGGAGAAGAGAAAGCCGGUGUUCAAAACGGUGGAUCAGCUCAAACCAGGCACGAGCGGCCACACCUUGACGGUAAAAGUAGUGAGCUCGAAGCCUGUCAAGGUCGGAAACAGAGGAACCGGCCGAUCGUCGGCGAUGGUCAUGAAUCGGCCCUCGCAACCCACUCGUAUUUCCGAAUGCCUCGUCGGAGACGAUACUGGGACCAUUCUAUUUACUGCUCGCAAUGACCAAGUUGAUAUUAUGACACCUGGCACUACUGUGAUUCUGCGUAACGCAAAGAUUGACAUGUUCAAGGGGACGAUGAGGCUAGCAGUUGACAAAUGGGGACGUGUUGAAGUAACUGAGCCUGCUAACUUUGAAGUUAAGGAGGAUAAUAAUCUCUCCUUAGUUGAAUAUGAAUUGGUUAAUGUUGACAACUAGUUAUUAAUGCUAGAAAGAGUGAGAGGUAUAUUUAUAUGGGAGUGAAUAUUUUGAAGUUUCUGAAGGUUGCAUUUGUGUUUCUGACCUUGGCUUGAACUAUUAACUGGGAUGCUAUUUUUAUAUAUGGUUUACCCAAAUUUUGCUGAA